GACACGCCCACAUGUGACAACCUCGAGCUUGGUCUCGUGACGACGGCGGCUACAUUCGACAGCUGUUAGCAUCUGCCACCGAGCGUCUCGGGUUUCUAACUGCCAUGUCAUCCAGCUAGCUACAAGAGAAGGCCUCCUCUAAAUCAUCCCGACGACCACCGAUGAUGUUGUCUCGUCUGCUGAAGGAGCACCAGGCGAAGCAAAAUGAGCGGAAGGAGCAGCAGGAGAGACGCAGGCGUGAAGCUAUUGCCGCGGCCACCUCUCUGACCGAGGCCAUGGUGGACCACCUCAACGUGGGUGUUGCUCAGGCAUACGUUAACCAACGUAAGCUUGACCAUGAGGUGAAGACUCUCCAAGUGCAGGCGAGCCAGUUCUCCAAACAAACUGCUCAGUGGAUCAGUAUGGUGGAGGGUUUCAAUCAGGCCCUCAAGGAAAUUGGUGAUGUGGAGAACUGGGCCCGCAGCAUUGAGAUGGACAUGAGGACCAUCGCCACAGCUCUGGAGUAUGUACACAAGGGUCAGCUUCAGUCUGCCUCCUCAUAAGCUUCGCGGGGAAACACUGGGAUAAAACACAUAUCCACCUGACUUCUGUCAGCGAAGAUGCAAGCAGCAAAGUUUUGCUCAUCCGUAUGCCCCUCUGAGUGGCUUCAUACUGAUGAACGCGACUGCUUAAGUUCCUGUGUGAGGUACAAUGUUAACCAGGGCAACUGCUGGGAUGCUGUAGGGGUUCAAAGAUCAGUCUUGAGUAUGAAAGGAAAUAGCUCUAAGAUCUGUAUUGAAGUGUCUUCAUUUGACAAAUAACAAGAAUUGAAAAAAAAAUAACGCUUUGAUAGUAGGAAAUUAUGAAUGUUUUGCAUGUAACAACUUCGUAAACCUGCGUGUAAAGGGGGCGUAAAAUUACCACCUGUCUCAUUGUUCGUAGUAUAAAACAUUUUUCGAGGAAGGCUUUGUUUCAGCACCUGAUCCAUGAAUUGCGUAUAUCGAAUUUUUUUAUUUAUUAUACAUCCGUUUACAGUGAUGACUGGACUGUUUUUGUCAGACAACUUAACUUUUUGUUACCAUUUGGUGAUUGAACAUUAUUUUUAAUAAACUUUAAAAUGUUUAAAAA